CGAACUGCCCCUUCACUGCUCUUCUCAUCUACUCGGGUAAAUCAUCCAUAAUUUCAUGUACCAAGAAUGCUCGAGAAGGUAUUUUGGUUGGGCUGCAACAGUUCCAUAGAGGAACUUCUGCAGUUCAUGGAUUUUCGAAAAUGGGAUCAGUUGGACCAUGAUUGUUUGGUGAAUAUCUUUGCAAAAGUCGGAAGAGGUGAUACGGAGUCAUUUAUGGAGUCAAUGCUCAUGGAUGUUCCUUUUGUCUGCAAGUCGUGGCAUAAAGCAAGCCUUGAUCCUAAAUGUUGGGAACGUCUCAUUUUUCCCAUCAUUUCUACUAGUCUUUAUAAUACUGAUGUUGAAACUGAAGACUGGACUUGUGAUCCCUUUUUAAAAAGAUUUGUUUCUGAAUAUCGAAUCAAUAAGAGCUUCUCCAUCACUGCAUUCAUAAAGUUUAUGGUCAAUCGUAGCAAAGGAUGUGCUACUGAAAUCAGGCUACCUGUGUGCGCUUCGGAAGAAGCACUGAAACAUGUUGCAGCUUCGUGUCCUCGCCUAAAGAAUUUGUCUUUACCUGCUGAUGUAGUCUACUAUAAAUCAAGGAUGAUCCCUGAUAUGAUUGGCAAGUGGAAAGAUUUGGAGAAUUUGUUAAUGGGAAGCUGCUACCAUGAUAUGGAGAAAAUCAUUUCACAAAUAGGCCUUCACUGCAAGAAUUUCUAUUUCUUAUGUAUUCCUGACUGUCUGGUUUGCGAAGAUGCUGCAUCGGCAAUUGCAAAGUUGCCUAAUCUUAAGCACAUAUUCAUGCAGAACACAAAGAUUGAACGGGAUAAUUUUGUUAAAUUACUGAAGGGCUGCAAAAAUCUUGUGUCAUUGGAUGCCAGAAAAUGUCUUGGUUUCGAUGCAGGUGAUAAGGAAAUAUCAGAACUUGCUUCUCAUAUCAGUGAUUUCAAAUGCCAAGGUUCUAGAGUUUUUGAUCGCCAUUCUGAGGAGGGAAAAUAUGUUUGGUUUCAUGAUUUUGUGUAUGAUGGAUACUGAUGUGAGGGAAACUGUUUUGGAUUUGUCAUCUUUAGUAUAGUAGAUGCAGAUCAGGAAGCCGCUUUCAAACCAUCUUUUGUGCUGGAACUCUAUCAACGGAAGAAUUGGAAUCUGCGAUGGUGUUUCUUUAAAAUAUUUUAUAGUUUGCUGGCUGGUCAAUGGUUACUUGGUGGAUCAUCCCAGUCCUUAUGGUUGUUGUUGUAUGAUUUUUCUUUUGCUUGUGUCCAGGUUGUGUCGUGUCUUUACCUUUGCUAGUCUUGAGAAAUUUCAAUGUUUGGUAAUGUGAUUGGAAAUGGGGUUAAAGACCUUGCUUGAAACUGAGACACACAUGUCGGUGAAUUUAUAGUGUGCUGAUUAGAACGUAGAACUUCUGCAGAUGCUUGUUAGUUGACCUCAAUGUGGCUUCAUCUAGACUCUCAUUUAUAGUGUCUGUACUCGCAUCUGCGAUGAAUCUCUUCUGCAGAUGAAUGUGUUUUUCAUUGGAAAGCUUUAGCUAGAUCAGAUAGUAUAGUGAAGUCUGUUGAAGAGAGAAGAUCUCACAUUAGAAAAGUGUGAAAUGAAAUAUAACUUGUAAGUGGGUGGAUCACACCUA